AUGUUUGUUGAACGCGAAUUUCAGCCGUCCCCAGAAAGACGCCGACCAGAACAAGCAAUGAGUCGGUGGGAUGCGUUGCCAAACUCGCGCAACAGUAAUCCAACUCUUUUUCCGUGAGAUCUUUCUUCUCGAGUUUGCUCUCGUUUUUGAAAUGAAUUCGUUGUUCGCUCUCCAUGGAAAUAUUCCUAAGGCUGGAAUGAUUCAGACAGAACGCGGCAGUAGGACCGUCUGCAGAGAUGACGUCUUUGUCGCAGACAGCUCAGUUGCAGCAGAUGGGUCAAGUGGCUGGCACAGGUCCCGACGAAGUCAACCAGCACGGAACCAUCGGCCGCUUCCUCAGAAUGGAGCUCGAAGGUCAGACUGCUCUUGCAAAAGCCCCAAUAACCAUCGAUCUAUGAACUUUAUAAACUUCCAAAGAAGAUGUGUCAACUAUUUGUUCAUUUACUGAAAGAUUUAUUUAUUUAUUUUUUUCUCACUCAAAGACAAAGAUAAAAAAAUACAGAAUAGAAAGUGUUUGAGGGAAGUGAAACCCGAUGUAAAAACGCCCUAAUGAGCGAUUUACCGGAAAAGGAGACACGUAUUUUGAUUGACUAGGCAAUGUAGAAGAGUUUUAAAAAAAAUUAAAAAAACGUUUCUGAAAUCUGUCGAAAGCGUGAUGUGAGAUUUAUUCGUUUUUUUUUCUUUUGCGAUUGUUAAAUGUGUAUGGAAAGUAGACACUGAGGCUUGAAUUUUGAUGACCAUAUGAUCUGUAGAAUAUAUAUUUUACAGUAUGUUUAGAGUAUUAAUCGCGCAAAAGUCUCAACGAAAAUCGUUUGAUUACCUUGUUCAUUCUUAUGAAUCUACUUCGGAUAAACAUAGAAAUUCACCUACUUACAACUGAACAUACUCAUACUCUUAGUUUUUUUCAAAUUUAUAUUUUAAUCAAUGAAGGCUGGAAAAUCAUUUGUCAAAGAAACUAAUUUUUUUUUUUCAUCAAAAAACAGAAAAAGGAAUGAUUUUUUAAUCCCUCUCCACAUGACUUUUUCAUGCUUUGAACGAUUUAAGGAGGCUUCUCGUCUUUUGUCAGAUGCAUCUACGAAGCGAAAAGAACCAACAACAACACAGUGACUCUGGUUUGUGAACGGGACCAGGAGUGCUGCGAACACGGCUGUUGUCCGAAGGACCAACACUGGUACGUCUUCCGGAGUUUUCCGUACUCUUCGUCUUCAGGAUGGCCGGCGUCUACGUGCUUCUCGCCUUCGUUCUGUUGGUCUUCGUCGUCGGCACCGUCCUCAUGAUUUGUUGCUACCAGCGAUCCAAGAACAAGCAGAGGAAGGAAGAGCGCGAAGCCGCCGAGUACCACGGCUACGCUGCUUCUCAGGUAUCCAUCCUAGCUCUCGAAGAUUCUGUAGACAAAAAAUACGAUUUUUUCUUUCAUACAAAAAUCCUCGCAAAUGUCAAAGACAAAGUUUUCCAAAAGAGCCGAACUCUCGGCGUUUCUCAGAAAGUUCGAGAAAAAAAAACUCUUUUUGAAGGUGUUUAAAAUUUUCUCCUAUUAUAAAAAAGUUCUAUUAAAAGAGAUAUUGAUAUAGGAAUUCCUUGAAGCACUACUCCUCUUACCUUGAGAAAUCGAUUAUGAACUAGUUUUGAUGAUUAAAAAAAUCCCUGAUUAUGAAAUAGAUAAUUUUUGGCUGUUCUGUCACAAAAAAGCCGUCUUCUGAAGGAAGAUUCUAGAAGUAAAAACAGUGAGUCGGAAGUUUGAAGGCGUAUGCAGCUACUCAUUUGGAACCCCAAGGACGGAACUUUGAUAUGAGCCAAGAGGAUGCUUUCGAAAAUUAUCACUUCUAACUAUUCACAAUAUCAUUCGUUUUAGUAUAGUUAUAGGAAAAUCAAGCUUUUUCCAUGAUCAUUUGAACUAUACUUGAGCCUCACCUCACAAGAGGUGAUUUCAUUUGAAUUUUCUGAAACUCUGUCAAAUAUCUCUUUGAUGUACUUACUAAGGGUCCUGAAAUUUGCAAGCUUCACAACCAUCUACUUUUUGAAAACAAACGCCUUCAAACUUCCGAUUCACAACAGUAUCAAUGGAAACGAGCUCAGACUUCUAGCGGAAAAAGCUUCUUUUGUUUUAGUUCUGGAAUCUUCCUUCAGAAGAUCAGCAAGAGCAACGAACAACGAAAACCCCUUUUUCUCUGAAACUUUAACUAAGUUGACUUUAUAUCUUGAAAAAAUUUAAAUUAUUGUGAAGUCGCAAAGUUGCCUUCCCGCAAGGUAGCUGCAUAAAAGCAUGGUAUAAUAGCCGUUGGGCAAUGCAAAGCUUGCAGGUCGGAGGUCCUGGUGCUUACUCUUCAUACGGUGGACCGACUUAUUGAAAAGCCUUCCUGGAAAACCCCGUGCUUUCGACAUUUUCUCCAAAUUUAACUGAUGAUUCUCGAGUUUUCCACCUCACGGAUGACUCAUCAAGUGUUUGUAUAUAUUUGAGAAUGAAAACUUCUAUUGUUUCAGUUUUUAUGUUUGCUUUUCUGUUAAAUUCAAAAAGUUAGAUGAAUGAGUUGGUUCCAGUUCAUACUUGGUCAUUGGUUAACGACUGCUUCAAAAGGCGGUUGUGGCCUGUGUUACGGUAAUACCAAAACGCGCAGACACAUCGACGCCAUCUAGAAGGACCAAAAGGCAUUCAAAUAAAGUCCUCAAAAAAUUGUGAAAAGCCAAAGACCCAUUUGCUAAAAAAGGAGCUUGAAAGAUAUUAUGCGACUUUUUCAAGAACUUAGAAAGAAGCUUUUGCAUAUGUUUUUAGAUUACUUCAAAAGUCUAAAAUGCUUUCUAGGCUUUGCCCGUGAACUGAGAUUUAAAGAAAAUCGAUUUAAAACCUUUACGGAAAGUUUUCGAGUAAAUUCAACUGUCCGACAGCAUUCGCAUUGUCUUAAACUGACAUUGGGGUUUCCCUCAGAUCGCACUGUUUUUUUGAUCAUUGUGGCAGAUCUUUUCGACUUGUAUUUUUCGGACUUUUUUGAGAUGCUCAUUAAAGAUUGAAGGAACCUUAAAAUCAAAGCCUGACGAACAGGAAGAUCCUCAGAAGAACUUCCUGAAGAAGUGGUCGGCAAGAAACCGACGUGCAACGUCUGUUUAUGCAACUCUGGCGCGUCUGGCAGCGCUUCGUCUUGUUGCCGUGUAUGAUCCUCUCAACGUGCUUCUCCUCCAGUAA